AUGAUGGAUGAAAUAAAAUCAUAUAAAACAUUAACAAAUAUGUUUUCUAAAGCUCCAAUAUCUGAAAAUGAGAAAAACGAUUUUCCUUCGAUCUGUAAUGCCUUAGAAUCCUUAGAUACUGCUAAAGUUGAAAAAAGCAAAGAAGCUAACGAGGAAAUAGAACCUACUGGUGUUAAUGAUUCUUUCGAAGAAGUAAGUUCUGAUAGCGAAAAAGGAAAAGAGGUUUCGGAGGAAGUAGAAAAAACUCUACAUGAGCCAGAUUUAGAUGACUACAACUUUUUUAAAAGACAAGAUUCUAUGGAACUGAAUAUGUUUUUUAAUCACCAUCCUAUAGUUCCAAAAAGCCAAAAAGGAUUGCCUUUCAAAAUUGAUAAAGCAUUCAAACAAGAAAAUGAAAGUAAUAGGAUAUGGUUAACUUACAGUUUCUCAAAAAAAGCUUUAUUCUGUUCGGUGUGUUUGGCAUUUGAGAACAGAGAAACAAGCAGCUUUAAUUCCGAAUGUGGCAUGAAGGAUUGGAAACAUGUGUAUCAGAGAAUCUAUGAACAUGAACAAACAACGGUACACGGAAAUAAUUGUGAUUUAUAUUUUAUGCAUUUUAAAAAUAGGACCAUAGAUAAGUUAUUAUUUAAUCAGUAUGCCCAUAAGCGUAAUCAACAAGUUACGAACAAUCAACAAAUAUUAGAUAUUAUUAUUAACGUCAUCAAAUUCAUUGAUAAGACGGGUCUUUCUUACAGAGGAAAUUUAAAUGAGGCUGCAUAUUCGUUAGAAAAUGAAAAUAUAGACCAUGGAAAUUUCCUAGAAAUUCUUGUUGUUAUCUAA